GCUGGAAUAAUCUUGUAAGGCUAUGCGGUGCUGUGAAGGCAUUGUAACAACUCGAUAACGCCGAGAUUAAAGUUAUCAAAGCCAAUAGAGUCAUCCUCCGGGCCAACAACAACGAGAAUCCGAAUGUUUUUUUUCGUAUGUGAUCCCGAGAGCCCGAUGGGCUUAUAGCUAUGCUGACUAAAAGCUAAAGAUCAUAAGAGGCGCUGGCUCCAAACUUCGUAUUAUGACCUAGUUCGUGAUGAAACUUAUCAGACAUCACCGGCUGUACUUCACUUCAACCAAGCUUUUGUGCAGUGCGAUCUAGAAGAUAUGGCCGACGUCUUCCAUGGGUGACUCACGAGUCUUGGGACUCGGGACAGGUUUCUCGGCUUUCCGCCACGAGAAAGUACCUUCGCAGUCUAAACAUGGCAGGCAGAAUCAAGUCCAAGAGCAUUGAAUUCAACCGUAAUGCCCUGUUGUCCAAGCCGGAUGUUGCUGCCGUGUUCAAGGAGUUCGAGCAACAGCGUAUUUGUUUCAAUCACGCUUCUGCCUCAUUGGGCGGUGGUUUGGUGAGGCUUGACACAUAUCCCAUUUGGCGAUCAUCAGCCAGCCAUGUAAGGGUUCCCAUUGGCGACGGACUGGAGCUAAGCCGCUUACUCGAGCAACUCUCCAUGUUCGAAAUUAAAAAGCCACCGGCAGAGCGCCGAUCGAUUGUGGCACCUGUCACUGACAGAUCAGCCUCGAGUGACGAAACAACCGGCAUAACCGAUUGGGACUCUGGCAUUGACGCAAUCUUGUACCUGCUGAUCGCCAACGCCCAUGGACAGGCGAUGCGGACGACGGGAAGUCGAUUCUUGCCUGAAUGCAAACUGAGAUACUGCAUGAAGGCACCGCACCGAAUUGGUAGCAGCAGGCAGCUAGGGGGGGGCGAAGGGCCUGCACUACUCUAAACCGACCAUCACAUACAGCAUGGCAGUUUGAAAGGUCCGGCUGGACCUGGCCAUGCGCGGGUCGAGACCGCCCCUCCAUGCUCAAUGAUUGCGAAAGCGAUCUUGCAUUAGCUGUGGCAGGUAGUCCGAGCCCCAACAUUGACAAGACGAAUCCAGCAUCAGACGGAUGUUAACUGGCAGAGUAGCGUGCAUGCCAAAUCAUCUGGAGUUAUUGAUUUGACGGAAUCGGUCACAUUUGGAAGAGAGGGGGGGGAGGGGUUACACUCAUCUCUCGCGACUAAAAAAGCGUGCCCAGUAGGAGCCGGCCCGCCAGGCGAGGAUAUCAAAUACCAAUUGAGGUACUAUCCGCACAGGGAACGGAGGGUCUGACGUCCCGGCUCCCUCCCCCCCCCCCC